AUGGCGUCGUACAGAGCGGAAGGUGUUGCUUCUCCUCAGGCACCUGUUCCCACUAUUACAAUCCAAAUUCCUGAUCCCAUUUCUACUACUGGCGAUGCCGAUGAGAUAAACAGGGAGCCCAUGCCAGAGGACGUCACCCGAAAUAGAGCGCUAAGUGACCUAACGGCCGUAAGUAGCCUCUACGGCGGCCGCGAUCGAGCAAUGAGUGAAACGACUAUGGCACCGAGCAGUCCGAGUCUGAGUAUGCUGAAAGGAGAAAAGAACCAGUCCAACCUAGCAUCCAGCAUUUUCCUAGCAAAUGAGCAGGAAGAAGCUCUUCGACCUGAUCCUGGCACGGAGGCAGACUUCAAGGUCGACAAUAACCCAUUCCAAUUCACUCCUGGCCAGCUUAACAAGCUUCUAAACCCGAAGUCUUUACCUGCACUUGUUGCCCUUGGAGGGCUCUCCGGCCUGGUCAAAGGUCUUCAUACCGACCCUAAUGCAGGACUCAGCACCAACGAAACAUCGGUCUCAGAGGGUGACUCCCACGAACCCUUUGCGGACCGCAUCCGGGUCUUCAAACGAAAUGUGCUACCAGAGAAGAAAGCAACGCCCCUCUGGGAGCUCAUGUGGAUGGCUUACAAUGAUAAGGUGCUCAUUCUCCUUACCGCGGCAGCCGUUAUUUCCUUGGCCUUAGGCCUUUACGAGACCUUCGGUGUGGAACAUCCUCCUGGCUCGGGAAUGCCCCUUGAUUGGGUGGAGGGCUGCGCAAUUUGUGUUGCAAUCAUUAUCGUUGUUAUGGUGGGAUCGCUGAAUGACUACCAGAAGGAACGAGCAUUUGUUAGGUUAAAUGCAAAAAAGGAGGACCGUGAAGUGACUGUGAUUCGAUCAGGAAAAUCUAUUCGAAUCUCUGUCCACAAUGUCCUAGUCGGCGAUAUUCUUCAUCUUGAGCCUGGAGACCUGGUCCCUGUUGACGGCAUUUUUAUUGAAGGCCACAAUGUGAAAUGCGACGAGUCAUCCGCCACUGGUGAAUCUGACCAGCUCAAAAAGACAGGAGCUGAGCAAGUCAUACGAUUACUCGAGCAAGGACACACCAAGGACCUGGAUCCCUUCAUUAUCUCUGGGAGCAAGGUUCUUGAAGGUGUUGGUACGUGCGUGGUAACCUCAGUCGGCGUCAAUUCCAGCUACGGCAAGAUUCUUAUGGCUAUGCGCCAGGAUAUGGAGCCCACUCCUCUUCAGAAGAAACUAGAUGGUCUAGCUGGAGCUAUUGCUAAGCUAGGAGGAAGUGCUGCACUGCUUCUAUUCUUUGUUUUAUUGUUUCGCUUCCUAGGCGGGCUUCCGGGUAAUCGACAAACCAGCACAGAGAAGGCAUCUCAAUUCACUGAUAUUCUGAUUGUUGGAAUCACUGUUAUCGUGGUGGCAGUCCCAGAGGGUCUUCCUCUUGCAGUGACCUUGGCGCUUGCUUUUGCAACCACGCGCAUGGUAAAGUCAAAUAAUUUGGUCCGAGUGCUAAAAUCCUGUGAAACUAUGGGCAACGCGACCACGGUCUGUUCGGAUAAAACAGGAACACUCACUCAAAACCGCAUGACCGUUGUUACUGGCACCUUUGGCUCCGACGAAUUUGACAACAAGAACCAAACCAGCAAUAGGCAAUCUGCAGCGUUCGCUAACGACAUGACCCCGGAACAUAAACGGAUGAUCAUCGAGUCCAUUGCAAUAAACUCGACCGCAUUUGAAGGCGAAGAAAACGGUGUCCCAGGAUUCAUUGGGUCAAAAACAGAAACCGCCCUUCUUGGAUUUGCUCGUGAUGUUCUUGGAAUGGGGUCCUUGGCUGAAGAACGUUCGAACGCCACUAUUGUACAGCUAAUGCCUUUUGAUUCGGGCCGCAAAUGCAUGGGCGCUGUGAUCCGAUUGUCUGAUGGCACGCAUCGAUUUCUUGUCAAGGGCGCAUCUGAAAUUCUCCUUGGAUACAGCUCUUCACUCUGGAUGCCAUGGGGACAGGUGACGCUUCACUCUGAGGAGCACGAGCGGCUAGAAGGGGUCAUUUUAAAUUAUGCCGAACAAUCACUCCGAACGAUCGCUCUUGUUUGUCGUGAUUUUGCAGAGUGGCCUCCCAGCUAUGCUAUCGACACAGACGAGGAGGAUGCUUCUGAAGUCAAUCUCAGUCGCUUGCUAAGCAAUAUGACAUUUCUUGGUGUUGUUGGCAUCCAGGAUCCUAUUCGUCCUGGCGUUCCUGAGGCUGUAUCAAAAUGUCAUCAUGCUGGUGUGACUGUUCGCAUGGUCACUGGUGAUAACAUGGUUACAGCUAAGGCUAUUGCAACCGACUGUGGAAUCUAUACAGGUGGAUUAGUGAUGGAGGGACCCCGGUUCAGGACCUUGAGUAAUGAGGAGUUUAGGGAUAUCCUCCCACAACUCCAAGUCCUUGCACGUUCCUCGCCUGAAGACAAACGGAUUCUUGUCACAAAGCUACGUGAAAUGGGCGAAAUCGUUGCAGUAACGGGAGAUGGCACAAAUGAUGGACCUGCGCUUAAGGCAGCAAAUAUUGGCUUCUCUAUGGGAAUUGCUGGCACGGAGGUAGCCAAAGAGGCGUCCGCAAUAGUGCUUAUGGAUGAUAACUUUUCAUCUAUUCUAACUGCACUAAUGUGGGGAAGGGCAGUCAACGAUGCCGUGCGAAAGUUCCUCCAAUUCCAGAUUACAGUCAACAUUACUGCAGUCCUUCUCACAUUUAUUUCAUCUGUUUCGGACCCGGAGAUGCGCUCAGUGCUGACAGCUGUACAACUGCUGUGGAUUAACCUCAUUAUGGAUUCCCUAGCUGCGCUCGCGCUUGCAACUGAUCCACCCACUGAAGAAAUCCUGGACCGCAAACCUGUCAAGGGAGGCGCACCUCUGAUAUCGACAACCAUGUGGAAGAUGAUCAUUGGCCAAUCGAUAUUCCAGCUAACCGUUACCUUGAUUUUGCACUUUGGUCCUCGCCAGGGCUUCCUCGACUACCCAGAUGAGUACAGACGGUCGAUUGUGUUCAACACGUUUGUGUGGAUGCAAGUUUUCAAUGAAUUCAAUAAUCGACGUCUAGACAACCGAUUCAAUAUCUUCACUGGCCUCCAUCGCAAUUGGUUUUUCAUUGGUAUCAAUUGCAUCAUGGUCAGCUGCCAAAUUGUUAUUGCCUUUUACGGCGGCGCUGCAUUUAGCAUUGUUGCUAUUGAGGGGGAACAAUGGGCAAUCUGUAUUCUUGUUGCAGCAAUCUCGCUUCCCUGGGCUAUCUGUAUUCGGCUAUUCCCAGACCCGUGGUUUAAAAGAAUCGCGAAAUUCGUCGGCAAACCCGUGAUACUAGUUUACGGACCACUGAGUCGAGGGGCACACCGACUAGGCCAGAAGAUUCGGCCCCGGAAGCAUAAAUCCAAUUCAGCAGAAGGAGAGACAUUGGACCAGUCGACUCAGCGCUCACCGAACGGAGAUCCAGAAAAAGGCCAGUAG